AAUCGAGCCUCUCCUGUGCCAGCAGUACUCGAGCAUUGCACCAGUGGUAAUCCACUCAUACAAUGCUGCGGAGAAGAUUCCUUACAAUGACCUCCCCCUUGAACCAAUCAUCGUUCCCAAGGACAAGGACAAAGACCGAGAUGCAAUUGAUCGAAAUGACUCGGGGAAUAACACACCUGUCUCCUCUGUACCAAGCACACCUAGUAAAGGUGCGGCCAGUACAUGGAGCUGGUGGGGUCUUGUAAAAGGCUCGAAGAAGCCUGACUCUGCUAGCCAAGACACCAGCUUAGCCUUACAGGAUGUGAGAGGGCUGGCGGAUCGCAUUGACUUUGUGCUGCGGGAGGGGAGCAUGGAGAGCAGCUACAUCUCGGCCAUCACAUCACAUACCUCGUACUGGAGCAACUACGAUGUGUCGCACUUCUUGCUGAACAUCCUGUACCCUGACAUCCAGCCAACCUCCAGUAAGCCCGAGGUCAUCAAGCCUUAAAUGAAUCUCCUUACACUGAUCCCUCUGUCAGUCAGUCGCUCUAAUGCCUAGUGCAGUUUUGACUGUGAGAUGGAAGUUAGCCAGUUUUUGCACGACAGCGGGCAUGAGUUACAAAAGAUAAUAAUCAGUGGUGAUUUGCAUCUAGCCUAGGUAUGGCGAGUUUUUAAUUUUUUUAAGUGUAUAUUUGUUGGUGUUGUUUUUUUGUAAUGGGCAUUAGUCAGCGAUCUGUGCAGAUGAAUAACCAUGUGUAAGAAAUUGCCUUCUUGUGAAUUAAGCUAUGGUAAGUGAGGAUGGAGAUCUGCGCAGAUCGGAAACAGUGGUAAGACUGCGAUAUUUCCGCCAAAGGGAUGCCUCGCAGAGCCAAGGGAAGCAUGAGCUGAAGGUGCAUGGGGUGGGUGGCACUGGUGCCUACAGCAUGUGCAGCUGAAAGUCCUUAGCAUAUUGUACUGGAUACCAGGGUCUUUUUUGCAAAGUUGUAUUUGGCAUCUUAGGCUGAUAACUACAGAUGAUGAGUACAUUUUAAAUAGCUUUUACAAACAGACAGAGUGAGAUGAAAUUAAAUCUUUUUUAUACAUAUAUGUUAAGACUGUGAUACAGUAAACCCUCACCAUAGGCAGAGAAAGGCAGGAUUGGUGAAAUAGGAUUUAGUUGAAGCUACCACUUUUGUCACUGUGAUGUUGAUUCCAUUGAUAUUAAUCACUCCAUCAUGAUAUCUAUAGAAGCACAACAGAGAUAAUUUAUUUGAUGAUAAACAGCUUGUAUGAGUAAUUAAGCUUUGGUCUGGUUUAUAUGCAAAAAUAUUCAAAUGUUGAGAGUUUCAAGUGUGUGUCUUAAGCCUUAAAAAGAUUGGACAUCAAGUAUGUUUUGUAGUUUUGAGACUUGGGAUAAGAUUGAAAUAUGAAAGAUGCAGAUGCAUGUAUGAAAAUACUGAACUACUUCUUUCUGUUAUAUUUUGAUUUUUUAGAGCAGGUGAAGCAGAUACUAGCUUCCAUUAUAAGCAGACAUUUUUUCUCUCAAUAUUUUCCAAAUCUUAUAAACAAAACUCAUAAACGUAUAUUGGUAGCCUGUUCUAUAAAUUGUAUUUAAAAUACCAAAAAGCAAAGGUCAUAUGUAACCCAAAAAGCCCAUUAAAAAGAAUGUUGUAUGGAAUGUAGAAAGGUUUUCUUGAAAAGAUAGGACUGUCAAUCUGUCAUGAGGAGAAUAAAGCAAAGUUAUGUUGAAUACUGACUUUGUAGUGUAGUAAGACACUGUAAUCUGAUGCUAUUGUGAGGGUUAUUGUAUUGUGUAUGGACUAGCCAGUGACAUGCCUGCAUUUCUAAGAGUUGUGUAUAUGUUGAAGUGUUAUUAUAUACUGUCUAAUGAGCUCAUGGUUUACUGUCUUACUUUAUGAUAGUAUCACAGAUUAACGAAACACUAUCUUCUUUUCUAUCUGUUUUUUAUCUUUUGAAGUUCUUUUGCCGAAUGUAUGAGGCAAAGCUUUUUGGUAAAGUAAGAGGAUACAUUUUAGCUUUUAGGACAUAACUGACAAAGCUGAAUGAACUCUUUCAUUCUUUCUCUUGCAGCUAAAUUUCAUCAAAUGGUAUGCUAAUGUGUGAUGAGGGAGAGACCGGCUCAGUGUAAUAGGGAAGUCUGUUUCGCUUUGAGUACUUAAGGGUGAAAGUCCCAUCAAGUGUUACAGUGACAGGGAGUCAUGAUCAUGACUAUGGGAUCAGUGACACUCUCUGCCAUUGCAAUCUGAGAGAAGUGUUAACAUUAUGUGUUGAUGAUGGUAAACCCUUGAACUGAUAGUCUUUGGUCUGUCUGUUUGGUAGUGAAUUCCUUACAUUUCUGAUUAAAGUUAAAGGUGUAUGUGUGUGUGUGUGUGUGUGUGUGUGUGUGUGUGUGUGUGUGUGUGUGUGUGUGUGUGUGUGUGUGUGUGUGUGUGUGUGUGUGUGUGUAUGUGUGUGUGUAUGUGUGUGUGUGUGUGUGUGUGUGUGUGUGUGUGUGACAUGGAUGUGAGUACAUGAGCAUUUAUAUGCAUGUAUGUCCAUAAGUUUCAUGUGUUUGUACACAUGCUAAAAAAGUUAAUGUGCAAAACUUAGUGACUUCAUUAGGGAAAAAAAAAGUAUUUGGCAACAGAAUUAAGGAAUAAUCAGUACAUACUGUGUAACUGACUCAUAUUUAUCAAAGAGAUACAAAAUACCAGUAAUUCUAAAAUUAUUUCAUUUGAUGUAUUAUGAUAUAACAAAAUAGUUAAGGGAACGAAAACAUACUCUGUCAACAGAUGCAUAUAAUUGCUCUAUGACACCUCAUAGUUCAUUCCUUACAAAAAAAAGCCAUAUUAUUGAUUCAGAUAAUUUGAUGCUUAAUAUCCUUAUACAAGUUAGUUAGACUAAAUAUUGUAGAUUAAUUUUAUUAAUAAUGCCCAAUAAAAUAGAAUGCUUAUUAGAGCUCACACCAAUAUGAAAUAUUCAAUACUUGACCUCUGUUAAGUAAUUAACUAUCUUCCAUAGCAAUAAUUGAGUGUUUUGUAAUAUUCCAUACACACUCAUCCAGAAUAGUAGAGUGGUCAGUUAGUCAAUUCAGAUUGAUAGUUUUAUCAAAUAUAUAUGACUUAUAGCUUAAGCAUUAAUGGAUUAAUAUAUUACUAUUAGUAUUAUUUUCAUAAGAUACUUCCCUUCAUAAAGUGUUUAGGAAAAUAUGCAGUGAAGUAAGGUUGCAAGGUACUACUUUUCUGAAUGAAAGUUAUUGUAUUUUACACAUUCACAUUUUUUUGAUAACUAUACAUACAUUGUGUGUGUGUGUGUGUGUGUGUGUGUGUGUGUGUGGUGUGUGUGUGGUGUGUGUGUGUGUGUGUGGUGUGUGUGUGUGUGUG